AUGCCUUCACCUUCAUCAUCAGGCUCCAAGCCUGCCAAGCCUGAAAAGAACAUGUCCUCGCGGCUUCUUACAAUGAAGUUCAUGCAACGAGCUGCUGCCAGUGCUGCUACAAAAGAGGCUGCCCAAUCUGCGUCCGGUAGCGAACUCUCAGAUUCUACACCGAAAAAACGCAGAGUCUCUGCUGCAGACGGAAUCUCACCCGCACCCUCGUCGGACUUAGAAGCGAUCUCAGCUGCUCUCGCGGAAGAAGAGGAGCGACGGCGGGAAGCCAUUUCUCGGCAGGCGGCGGAAGCGGGAGAAACAGAAUGGGUGCUUGAUUUUGGAGAUGCUGUUACCGUGGACCAGCCUGCUCAGCCGCUCGUACUUGCAGACAGUUCUUUAGACGCAGAUGAUGACGAUUUGGGCUAUGGGGGCCGCCAACUUUAUGGCAACUUCAAAAGGAAGACCAAAGCUAAGCCACCGACUGAAGAAGCUGAAGAUGGGGGCGAUUCUCCAAAACCCCGACAAACAGAGAAACAGAAGAGGGUAAACAUCGACACAAUAACUAGUAUAUCUGGCGGACGUUCGAAACAGCCUGGAGGAAACAAUGAGAAGUCGCAAAAGAAACGAAAACACAAAUGA